UUAAGUUAAAUUUAAUGUAAAUAGCUACAGUUAUUAUAUAUUUAGGAAAUACGAAGUGCAUGCAACUAUGAGGACUCGUUAAAGUGCAUUUAUAUAAAUUUAUAACGACUAAAAUUGUUUAUCGGUAUAAGAAAUAUGUGAACUACGCAAGUAUUACAGUUUCAAGAUGUUGCUCCUGUAUGAAAUUGUAAACAACUACUUAUAUAAAUAGAAUGAAAACCUUAUAACAUAUCAGCAAAAAGAAAAUGUACAAUGAACUACGGUGGAAAUAUUUCAGAUUGGCAUCAAUAUAACUCAGUGCAGACAAAUAUAAAUGAAGUAACAUCUACUGAUCAUAAUGUGAAUACAAAUCACUUAGCAUUUAUGUCUAAUGGUAGUCCAUCUUCAUUAAAUGCUCUUAAUACUGAGGGGUAUAAAAAAUAUCAAAAUGAUUCUAGCUUUAGUUCAAGACAUUUUCCACAUAUGAACAAUAUUUCAAAUGGCUCAAAUAAUACUGAUAACUUUGCAAUACCAUCAAUGGUACAAAUGCAAGGUUAUAUUGGACAAUAUGGUCCUGUGGUUAAUAGAAAUUCUGUUAUGGAUAACGUAAAAGCCCCAGUUGAUAUGAGAAAUGGAUCAAUGAAUACAUUCAGUGAUGACUAUAGGUACAGAAAUAGUCAUAUGGCGCUUCCUGGACAAAAUUCUCAUUUAAAUGGUUCCAAUAUAAAUAUAAAUACACCUGCCACAUCUAUGGGAUCACGAAAUAAUAGUAUGUGUGCAACAUCUUCUGUAAGACAAGGUCCUUCAUCUUUCAUUCCUUGUAAAGCUUUGUGUUGCAAUCCAAAUACAAAUAUAGGCUAUCAGCAAUGGGAUAAAUUUGGAACUUACCAAUCUAAUACACCAUAUAGGGAAAAUAUGCGUUUACCUGGAUAUCAGGCAGAAAAUAGACAAUAUGCUGAUCAUAAUUUUCGAAAAGAUAAUUUUGAUAAUAAGGAAAUGUUAAACCCUAUUAUUCCUAAUACAGAUCAUAGAAGAAACUUUUCAGAAUAUAAAUAUAAUAAAGAUCCUACAAUGUCUAGAGGUUGUCCAGCUCCAUCAGGGAUGAUACAAAAUUAUCCAAUUCAAAAUUAUAAUUAUCCAACAGAGUGCCAGAAAUAUGCUUAUCCUAUGAAAGAGUAUCCAAAGACAAAUAAUAUGGGUUUACAAGAUGCAACUGUUUUUAAACAUCCAGAACAAAAUUAUAUUGCACAACAAAAGUACAAUGCGAAGCAAGGUCAAUAUGCAACAGGUAAUGUGUUAUCCAAGACUGUGCCCACUUCAAAUGUCAGUGUUGAUAUUACAUCUCCCACACAGAAUUCUUAUUAUACUACACAAUUUAUAAGAAAUGUAUCAACAGAAUUUCCACAUACUUGUCAGAAAGCUUUUGAUAAUUCACAACAAGUUGCUGCAAUACAAUCUACAGCUGUGCAUGGCACUUCAUCGCGAUACCAUUCUUAUCAGCAAAAAAUUGCAAUGCAAAGAUUUUCUAUGGAAAAUCAUCUCAGAGAACUUGCAAGGAUACCUGGAUAUCAAUCACAUCCAAAAUACAAAGAAUCUGUUCUUAGAUAUAGGGAAAUAUUAAAAUUGCAACAAUCACAUGGAUAUCCAACAGCAGUUCAACAUCCUUUAAGAAUUCCACCAACAUCCGUUAAUGCUAUUCCAUCUAUCAAUUUACAAUUUGAUCAAAAUGGAGUUUUAAUAAAUUCCGAUGGUUUUCCAAAAACUCAACAUACAUUGAAUUCAGAUUCAAAACAUUUAGAAAAACAGGGAAAAGAACAAGACCUAUGUGCAUCUGAUUUAUCUAAUGAAGAUAAUUUGCAUUCUAAACAAUCAGUUAAUCAUUCUCAAAAAGAACAUUCAUCAUCCCUAUAUCCAAGUGGUUUCCCAAAUCAAGAUCAGCUUUUAAUACAUAAAUGUAAUGAACAAACUGAGUUUAAAAUACAAAAAAGUACAGACAAUGCUAUAAAUUCAAGUAAUGUUGACACUAUAACUGAACAACAAAAAACAUCAAAAGACUUUGCUGAUAAGCCAGAUCUUGAUGUUCGACAAUUUUUAGCAAAUUGGGAUGCAUCAGAAGAUGAAGAUGAUUCAAAUUCCAAUUUGCCAGAUGUUGUCUUAAGCAAUUCAACACCAUUGGUGGUUGUAGAAUAUGAAAGUGUUGAUAGCACUUCAAAAAUACCUCAUGAUGUAAAUGUGAAUAAAGAAAAUAUCACUUGUUCAAGAAAACAUGAUAAAAUAACACAAGAAUAUUCACAAUCUUUAGAUUCUUCUCCUCACAGUACUGAGGCCUUAAAAAAUUUAAGUGAAUGUAGAAAUAAAGAUAUUACAAAGUCUGGAAAUAUUAUACACUGUAUAACAAAUGGCACUGAUGACAUUCCAACAAUACAUAUAGUUGAUAAUGUACAAAUAAAUAAUAUUUUGGAAGUAUCUAAUGAUCAAAUUAUAGAAACUUUGGAACAUCAAGGUCCAAUACCAUUUUAUGAAGAAAAUGUAAAUCUAGAAGAAGAAAUAAGAACAUGUGAUGAAAAGAAGAAUGAUUCUGCAAAUAUAGAAAUUUUGAACAAAGAUACGUAUACUAGCAAUGAUACUUUGUCUGAGAAAGAUAGAAAGUCUUCAAUCCAGAAUAAUAAUAAUCAAGAGUUAAAUGCUUUGGAGACAGCAUCAAAAACUAAUUUGGAUAGGCAAACCACAAACUUACAGAAACAAAAUAGUUUUGCAAGUGAGGAAUCACACAACACAGAUGAUAUCAGUCUACCUGAUUUGCCUACAACUGAGUGUACUCCAAUAUCUACUACUCUGAACACACCUAUUCAUUCAGAUAGUGAAGAACCAUCAGGACGUGUGUCAUCUAUAUCUUCCAAUCCUAUAGAAAUUAUACAAAAUAGUCCAAUAAUCAGCUUUACUCAUUCACCAAUUAAAAUUGGAUCUUAUGAACAUUUAGAUGAUACUGUUAUUUCUAAAGAAAAUACUUUACUACAAUUUAAUUUAGAAGAAGUAAAUCCAUCUAAUAAUAACAGUAUUAAUGCAUUUGAAAAUACUAUAACUUCUAACAAUUUUAAUAAAUCUGUUAAUGCAUCCAAAAGUGAUGUUAUUGAAGUAUGCAAAAAUAAUAAAUCACAAACUAGUUCUAAUAAAAAUUCAGCUAUAGUAAAUAUGAAAAAAGUAGAGAAUAAAGAAUUCAAUGAAAAAGCUCCUGAUGUAUGUGAAUCUUCAGUAACUGAGUAUGAAUCAGAAAGUGCGCCAAUGGAUCUACAAAAAAAUUCUAUACAAAAUUCCAAAAAUGCAAGCAUUGAAAAAAUCAAUAAUGAUAGAUUUCAAAGUGCUACACAUUCUUCAAAACCUAUAAAUUAUAAAGUAUCAAUACCGAUUGAAACUUCCAAAUCUACAUUAAAAAAUAGAUUAAAUGAAAAUAAACAGCAACAUAUGAUAAAUACUAUUCAACAUAAUGAUAAACAUCCUGAAAUUAAUAUUGAAACAAAGAAACAGUCUAAGUGUCUAUUUGUAACUAAAUUACAGCAGAGCACUUCUAAUGAUAAAAAUACAAUAUCAUUGAUUUCAGGGGAAAAUGUGGAGGAAGGACACACACUAGUACGGUAUGUGGAAAAGAACACUUCAUCAAAUAUUAAAAAUAUUGUAUCUAUUCCAAAUAUAAACAUAUACACAUCUAGUGCUGACAAAUUGCAACAUAUGAAUACUGUAUCAAUACCAAAAAAGUGUCUAGAUGUGUUAACAAAUAAUAAAUUACAUUCUAAAACUCCUCAAAAUGUUUGUAUAAGUAAAGAAAAGGAUAAAGAAAGUUUCUCCAAAGAUGUUCAAAAUAAGUUUAAGAAUCAAGAACUUACAAAGACUUCUGACAUACAAUCAUCUUCUAUGGACAAUUCUGGUUUAUCUAACUUAGAAAUUUUACCAGAUCAUGUAACAAUUCAUAAAACAUGCUCAGUCUCUAAUAGUAAAAACAAUAGUGACAUGAAAAAUGAUACAAUAAAUAGAAAAGAAGAUGAUAGUGAAUUUAUUUUUGUAAAACAAGGAAAAUCUGUACCUAUUUCUAAAAAGAUACAUGAUCAGUCACAAAAAAGUGAUGAACCAUGUAAAAUAAAUUCAAAUGUUUCUCAGGGAAAUCAUAACAGAAAUAAAAUUUUAGAGAAAAAUAAACCUGAACUAUUACAAGAGGAUUUUAAUAUUGACAAAGUUAAUGUAAUCAAUAAUACACAAAAACAAGAUUUUAAAGAAUACAUGUCAGCAAGCAAUGACUUGUUGCAUCUUGAUAAAUGCAUUGAUAAUAAUAGCCAUUUGGGAAAUAAUUAUUUUAAUAAAAGACCUACAUCACAAUUAACAGGUACUCAAUUUCAACAGCAUUAUUCUGCAAUAGAAGAUACCCAAGCAUUAGAGAAAAAUACAAAUUUAAAAAAUAAAAUAGAUUCAGGUCAUACACCAUCUUCUAUGACUACUAUCUGUUCUAUUACUUCAGAAAAAUCAGAACAGGAACAGCUAUACACUGUUUCCAAGAGUUUUGCAACAAAAAACGUAAAUUCUGAUUUUGAAAUCCAAGUUACAAAUGUUAAUUUAAAAUUUACAGAUAAUGAUAUAUGCAAAGAAGUAGUCACUUUGAGGGAUAAGAAACAAGAAAAUUUGAAUAAUUGCUCUGAUGGAAUUAAAAUUGAAAUAAAUCUAUUGUGUGCAGAACGUAAUGCUAAAGAAAAGUUAUUGCAACAAGAGCCUAUAAAUGUGGACAAUGAAAUUAUGGAUCAAUCAAACAAUUCUGUAUACAGUAACAAAAGUACUUGCUUAGCAAAUUUAAAAGAAUAUAACACAUUACCUCAUGAAAAAUUGGAUACAGAAAAAGGAAAUAACAAAAUUGAUGAAAUCAUUGACCAUGAUCAAAGUCAAAGUACAGAUAUUAUUUCUUAUGAAAACGUGGAAAAUACAAUGAAGGAACAGGAAGAGCCUCUUAGUUUAAUAGUUCGAAAUAAAACAUUACAAGCAAAUAAAGAAGAAUCACUACCUCAAGAAUUUUCAAAAGGAAAUGACACAUUGUCAAAGGAUAUAUUAAAUAGAUCUAGAAAUUGUACAGGAGAUAAUAAUUAUAUAGAAGUUGUUCAAGAAACUAAAUUCACUAAUACUUCUAAUGGAAGAAAGAAACAACAUACAUCAUUGAGUUCUGUUGAUAAACCUGAUGAUUUAAAAGAUGAAAGUACAUGCUAUGUUAAAACUAAUGAUCUAUUCAAUAACAUCAAUCAGGAAAAUGAACCCUCUAAUAUAAUUUACAGUUGUACUACAUCUGGUAAUGUAAAUUACAUGCAAAAUAGUGCAAAUACUGAGCGGAUAUCAAAAUUGUAUAAUGCACAGAAAAAUAAAAUGAAAGAUCUAUCUUCUGUCUCACACAGAUAUAAAGAUAGAAAAGAUGAAGAAGAUGACAGUUCAUCUGAUAAAAAUGAUGAUAUGCCAAAUAUUGUAACAAUACAUGUUAAAACUGACAACAUGAACAACGAAAAAUUUGCAGAACUUGAUUUUACAAAUUUUGACCUAUUUUCUAAUGAAAGUAAUAAGAGCAAUGAUAAUGACCCAGGAAAAUGGAGACGUCCUAUAACUCCUAUAGUAAAUCAGACAUUAGAAGAGUGUGACUUAUAUGGAAGUACUAGUGGUUAUGUAAAUCCUAUUUUUACUAAUAUAGAAGAAUCAAAUAACAGAAACGAAGUUCCUAUAUAUAGAACUAAAGAUGGGAAAAUAACUUAUAGCCCUAAUCCCAAAGCUUUAUUUUUGGAAAAUAAAGAAAGAGCUCAUUGUACUAAAGAAGAAUAUUCACCAUAUAAAUAUAAUAAUCAUUUGAAAAUGUAUACUUCUGUUAAAAAGGAGAAAGAUAUAAGUAAUUAUAAGGAAAGGGUACCAUUGGAAUCUAAUAAUACGAAAAUUGCUUGGAGUGAGUCAACUCAAAAAGGUUUUUCUGAAUUUACUAACGAGAAUGAUAACAGUCAAAAAAAUGUUCAGUCCAUGAAACAUCCAAGAUCACUGAGUUUAAAACAUUAUCAUAAAAUAGAAAAACAAUAUAAUAGUAUAACUGAUAAUCAAGUACAUAGAGAGUACAAUAAAAGUCUUUCUACUUUUAAAUGUGAAGAAGAAAAAGAACAUGAUAAUGAGAAUAAUCGUAAUAGUCAUAAAGAUAGUUUAAAAAAUGAGGUGGUUAUAGAUGAACCUGAAAGUCAUGAAAAGAAUUUAAAAAAUAUCUUUGAUAAUAAUAUUCAUUCAGAAGAAAAGAAUAUAAAAAAAACAGAAAUGCUAGGAACAACUGAAGCAAAUACUAUGUAUCACAAUACAAAAAAUAAUAACUAUACCCAAAAAAGUAGUCAUAAUGAUACAUUUUCUUCACAUACGUCUACUGAUACCUUUGUAGAAAAAAUCAGUUCAACUGAAACCUGUGAUAUUAAAUCGAAAUACUGCGAUAUAAUUAAGGAGUCAAUUGUGCCUUAUGAAAUAUGUGAUCAGACAGUUAGUGAAUAUUCUGUAAACCAAAGUAAUAAUUUAACAAAUGAAAAAUCAAAUUCUAUUACGAAAUUAGAAAAGAAAGGGCUUAAGCCUAAUUUAGAUCGACUCAAAUCUUCAGAAUUGUGUUUGGAAGAAAAUCGUUUUAAAGGCAAAAGAUAUUACACUAAUAGUAUAAUGAAACAUAAUUCAUUUCCUGAAGAUUCAGACUAUUUUACUGAAAAGAAGAUUGAUCCAAAUGUCAUUCAUAUUGAAACAGAAAAUAUCUGUGUAGACAUUACAAAAAAACCAGAAUCACAAAUUACUUCUGAGAUAUCCAAAUAUAAGAGACGUUAUGAACAUUUCCCUGUGAAAUGUGAAAUGGAUUCAGAUGAAAAUACUGAAAAUUUUGAAGCAGAAUUUGAAAAUACAAGAGAUAUUUUAAAAUAUGCAAAUACAGAGAAUAUUCUAAUCUCUAAAAAAGAUGUUCUUCUCACAACAACAUUAGAUAUAGAAUGUUCAGAUUCCUUGAAACAAUUGGAUAGUACUAAGCAAAAAUCAAAAAUAGAAUAUCAGGAUGAAAGCAAUGGUGAAAUAGAAAAUACGAAUUUUUCAUUACAAAACGAAGUAUCUAAAAGUAAUGAGGAUGAAAAUUUGAAUCAACAAAUUACAGAAGCCAAUAUUUUCUAUAAUGAUAAUAAUAGUACUAUUUCUGAAAAAGGUUGGAGACGUUUACCUUCAAAUUGCUUCAAAAAUGAUGAAAUAGAAAUUAUGGAAAGUGACAUAAUUAGUCACAAUAAUUUUGACAAUGAAGUGAAUAUAAUUCAUGGAGAGUCUACACAUAUGCCACAAAUGAAAAAACCGAAAAUGUCAAAAACUAUUUUAGAAACUGAUGACUCUUCUUUUAAUGAAGUAAGUAAUAGUGAUUGUCAAAAUAACACUUUCAUAACAACAGAUCAUAAAUAUGAUACUCCUUUCCUAGAAGAAGAAAUUAAAUCUGAACCUAUAUACAUAGGUCAAAAUAAGGAUGAAGUAGUUCUGUUAGAGUCUGUCAUUUGUAACAAAGACACUGAUGUCAUUGAAGAAAUAAAAAACGAUAAGAAUACAGAGAAGAAAAACAUAGAAAACACAAGUCCUUCAUUAAAUUCUAUAAAUAACUCAAAAAUUAAAAAUAUAAUUAACAAUGAAGAUUUUUCGUUAAAUAAUUUUAAUGAAAUAGAUAAUGUCAAAGAAUCAUUACUGAAGCAACAAGAUAUUGAUAUUCCAAGAUAUCAAAAUUAUAAUGUAUCAGAUUUAAUAAAUACAUCACAACAAGAUAGUUUAGAAGCAUUUAGCUCAAAAGAAAAAGAAUCACAAGAAAAACAAUUUAAUGACAAUUUGUAUUAUAUUGAAAAUAAAAUUAGUGGCUCAUAUUUAUCUUCACAAGAUUUGAAAAGUUGCAGUAUUGAGGCUUGCAGAAUUGGAGAAUUGGAGAAUGUGUCAGACGCGGAGAAUAUAUCAGAAGUAAAUUUACAGAAAAACACAAAUGUAGUUAAUGAAAUUACAACAAAUGAUAUAAACAAUAAAGCAGAAGAAGAACGUUCUUUAUCCCCUCCAGAUAUAACUACUAUUGCAUAUAUUAACACAAACUAUUCAUCUACAUUAGAUUGCAAUGUAAAUACACAAAUGAUUUCUGGAUCCAUUAUUGAAGAAAAUGAAACAAAUACAAAAUCCAAACCUGAACUGUUACCUCAACCUAAAAUACCUAAGAUGAUAAUCAGAAAUACUGGAUUCUGUUCUACAUCUGUUGCAGGGGAAAUAUCAGAGACAUCAUCAGAAUAUCCUUCUUCUGUACAUAAUAAAGUUAAACAUUCUACUUUUAUAAUUGAGAAUGAAAAAGAUAAUAAAGAAAGAAGUGACAGUGAUUCUGAAAUUUCUUUACAAAAAUAUGAUUUAAAUAAUAGUAGAGUACCAAAAAUGAAAAUAAAAUUCAAUGAUAAAUCGUUAAAAAGAAAUAUUGAAUAUAACAAUAUGGAAAUUUCUGUUAAAAGGAAAGAUGCAAAAAAAAUUGUUCCUAAAGUAAAAAUAAAGAAGAUUAAAACUGAAGCAGCAACUGUACAGAAUGACCAAACAGAAUCUUCAUUAAUAGUAAUGAAAGUCAAAACUCCUGAUAUAUCAAAUGAGAUAAGUUCUGAUAAAUUAUCAAUAAUUAAUGAAGAAAAAAAACGAGAGAAGAUUCCUAAAUUAAAACUGAAAAAGCAUCAAGAAAUCACUUUACCUACAGAAUCCAUUCGAAAGAGAACAAAUUUAAGAACCAUUGAUUUAACAGUCAAAAAAUAUAAAAAUGAUAAAAAUGAAAUAAAAUCUAAUCAAAAAAAUGAGGAUAUAAUUAAAUCGACAUUGAAACAAAAGGAUAAUUCGUUUAUAUCUGAACGUGAAAUGAAGAAUAAAUUAUUACCCUGUAUUUCCGAAAAAAUUCCAAAGGUUAUAAUCAAACGUGCCUCUGCAAGUGCAGAAUUUAAAUGUGAAUUUAGUGAAGGUGGUAGUAAUACAAUUAUUAAUAGUGCAAAAUGGCAACCAGAAGUUAAAUUACAAAGAUCUCGACUUUUAGAUAAUAUGGUAAAGGACCUAAAAUACUGCCAUAUAUCUAAAGCAUAUAUAACUCGAAAAUAUAUAGAUAUUAUUUCUUCACAUAGAGCACGAAAAUUAAUAAAAAGUUACAGAUUUCGAGAUAAACGACAUAGCAAAUCGAAUAAAUUAUUUAGAUCAAGUUCUGUAUCUGAUUUAUGUCCAACUAAAUAUGAGGAAAGUAGAACAUUAGAUUAUAGUUAUAGUAAUAACAAAUUAUCUGAUACAGAAGCUACAGAAUUUUCUAUAAAAUCAAUUAGCAAGUACAAAUUUGAAAAGAAUCCAUGGAAUAUAGAAGAAAAAUACAUAGAAGAAUCUUAUAUUUCCAAUGAUUUUGUAGAUGAAUCUUUAUAUAAAUAUUCAAGUGAUAAAGAUAAUAUGGACCACUUGAUGAUAAAAUCAGAUACUACAAAUAUUAAAAAUAACACUACCUUAAAAAGUAAUACUGAUAAUGAUCUCAGUACUAUAACUUUUAAUUCUAAUUGUACAAAUAAUGUAAGUAAAAUGCAAAAAGACUUCAUUCAUAAUAAUGAUAGUGAAAAUAAAUUUCCUAGAGAAAAUAAUGAAUCUGAAUCAAAAUUUUUGAAAUCUGAUAUCACUACAGAUGAUUCUGCAGAUAAUGAUUGUUCAGUUAUAAAAUUAGAUUCCUCAGAUGAAAGUCAAUCAACAAUAGAGAUUUUACCAGCUUCCCCAGACAUAAAUCAAAUUGGGAUAGAAGAACAUAAUAACAGACUUAAUAAUGAAGAAGGUGAACAGUUGUAUUCAGAAGAUGCUAUUCCUACUCAAUUUGAAUUAGAAUUAGAAGUUACAGAUAGCAAUAUUGAUUCUGUGGAAGUACCACCCCUAAGGCAUGAGCUAAAUUCUGAACAUUUUAAUGGAACCUGGCAAUUAAACCAGAAAGUCCAAGACUUGAAUGAUUUAAAAAAUUAUCCUCAAAAUUAUACCAAUCAACAAGAUAUUUUACUUACAGAUAAUGAUCAACGAAACUCUGAAGUUCCUGAAAAAAAUAAAAUAUCUACUAAACAAAAUAUUUCAUUAUCAAUAUCAGCUCUUACACAUGAUGGUUCACAGAAUCAAUCAACGGAAACGGCAAUUACGUCUCGUGAAAAUCUUUGUUGUAAUGAUUUACUUAUGAAGGAAGUAUUGGCUGCUAAAGAAAUGCUGAAAAAAUGUUUAUCUAUGUCUAAAGAUGCUACUAUUCUGAAAAACAAAUCAAAAUUGAGAUCACUUGUAGAAAAAAAUCAAGAUUCUUGUCUUACUUCCAGCAGUCAUACAAAAACUCUUCUUAAGACUAUUACUUCUCAUCAUACAUGUGAAACAGGUAAAGUGAAUCAGCAAAAACCAAUGAAUGAAUUAAAUAUGGAAAAAAUAGAAAAAAAGAAUUAUAAUGAAGUAGUAAACAAAGUUAUACAAAUUACCAAAUGUACAGAGAAAAAAGAUAUUAAACAUAUUGGUGUUAAUGUGCAAAGUACAUUAAUUUCUGCACAAAAUUCUCCUAUCAUAUCAUUAAAAAGUCUUAAACGAUACAGUCAAUCUGUGCCAAAUAAAAACAUGUCUGCUAAUAUGGGACAUUGUAAAACAUUGGAAGAUGGAAAUGAACAAUCAAUAUGUCAAGGUAGUCAUGUUCAGCAAGUAGAAGAUAAAGUUCAAGAUAUUAAAAUUGAACAAAACACAACUUACUCUAAAAUUGAAAUAACAUCAGAUAAUGAAGAUGUACAAAUUGAAGAUGAUAAAAAUUGUAAUCAAUCCAGAAAAAGAGAAGAUAAGAUGCCAGUAUUAGAACCAGAAAUUGCCUUUAGUUUCGAUGCAAGUUCAGAUAGAGAUAGUUCAAGAUCACCACCUGUUAUAACAAAUCAAGAAAUUGUGACUACUCAAAAUGAGGUACUAAAAUGCUUGCAAGGAGAAGAAGUAUUAACAUCAACUGAUAACAAAGAUGAUAACAAAAAAUAUAUAGCAGAAGAGUAUGAUAUGACUGUAACUGAUAUUGUAACGCGAUUAGCUUAUCAUAAAAAGUCAACAAUAAGGCAUAAAAGAUAUUGUAAUCUAUGUGAAAAAUGGUUUCCAACGACAUCUCGUCAUCGACGACAUUUAGCUGGAUAUCAGCAUCGUCACUUAGAAUUGACACAGCGAAGAACGAUCCAUGCACUUUUCAUACUUUUUACUGGCAAACCUUGUUCAAAACUAUUGCAGGCUACUAGUAUGCGAAAUGAUUGUUCUAUAGGUGAAUUAACACCUUUACAAAUUGCUGUUCAGGAUUUAGCCAAAUACUUGGAUGGUACAGAGACAAAUCUAUUAAUACCAAAUAAUGUCGAAAAAUAACCAAAAGUAGUUGUUGAUUUAUGUAACAUCAUGUCAAAGGAGAUGGACAAAGAUUUCAUAUUUCAAGUAAACAAUAGAUGAUAGUCUAAUGUGAUUUUUGAAUACAUCAGCAUAAUGGAGCCAAUUGGAAUUAGCUAAGUCAGCUAAUGUUUGUUACAUCGUUGACCGUAUGUUACCUGAAACAGUUACUUUAUGUAGUAAUUAACUAUUUAACCAAAGACUUUAUUAGAGUAAUAGUGCAACUAAAACUCCUAUUAUAUAAAGGUUUGAGACUUUUUGCACUAAAAUCUGCUAUAUGCUAAUGCAUAAAGCUGUUGUUUGAGCUUCACAAACAGCUGUAAACAAUAUGGCUGUUGUUUAUUCUUUAUAAUCACCACAUGAUUUUUACACAUAUGUAAUGCUGUUUAUAGAAGAGUGUUCACUAAAGCAUGAUUUUAAAGAAUAGACUUUUGAGCUCACUACAUCGCAAUUUUUAAAGGCUACUAUGUGGCCAUUAGUUUAUAUACACAUGGUUAUGAAUGAUUAUAUAUAUAUACAUAAUAUUAUAUGACAUAUAUAUGUGUAUAUGUAUAUAUCUAUAUGUGUAUAUGUAUACACAUACAUAUACAUAUAUAUAUAGACACACACAAAUACACAUAUAUAUAAAUAUAUAUAAAGAAACGAAUGUUUAUUUAUAUAUAAAGAAAAUAUAUCUACAUAUAGAUACAUAUAUAUGUAUAUGCAUGUAAUGUAUGUAUUAUAUGCAUACCUAUAUUUAUUGUUCCAGUUUUAAAAAUAUGUACACAUGUACACACAUAUAUUUAACAAUGUUUAAUUAUUAUUAGUAUAUAUUAUGUCAUAUCUUUUAAAUUGAAGAAGAUAUAUAAACUAUGAAAUGUUCCAAUAUUCAAUUAUACAUAUAUAAAAAAAUGAGCUGUAAGAUGUUGUAUUGUACAUUGAAUAGAUCAAACAGUUCUUUAUGUUAAAAUUAGUGUAAUAACAUUUCUAUUUGUUAGAUUUCUUGUAGUCUCUGAUGCUAUUUUUAUUUGUUAUGGUAUCACUUAUUAAAAGUUAUUUUAUAAUGAAUUGUGCAAUAUAUCCAAUCAAAUAUUACAAAUAAAAAAUUAAUUUUAGUCUUGAAAUCUUACUAAAACUAUAAUUAUCUAUGGGAUCAAAAUAUUACUAUAAAUAGAAGGCUUGGUUACUUAUGAAAACAAAAAAAAAAUAUGAAAGUAUAUAUAUCUUCAAAAUAGAAUGAAAAUAUAGCAAAGUGCUUGUAAUGUAAUUUUACAGAACCAUAUAUCAUUGGCAAUGAUUUUUUAUGUGUCUUUUGUACUUUUCACAUUUUGUGCCUUCUAAAUAUAAAUUAAAUAUUGAAGAUUAUCAUAAAUACAAGUAUUUGCAUAUAAAUUGCACCACACAAAGUAACUGUAGAAUAUAUGAAAUAAUUCUUAUAUGAUUUUAUCAUCAUAUUUGCAUCAUUAUGCAUUAAUUUUGAAAUUAAAUUUAUAAUUGUUAUCUAUCAACAUUUCAUCAAAAUUUUUCAAAGUGGGGGAAUUAAAAUGAAUAAAAAUAUUCUACUUAAUUUUCGACAUACAUAUUAAUUAUGAGAUAUGAAAAACAUAAUUUAAUAUCUAUCUAUUUAUUAUUAUUAAAUACAACUUAACAGUUUCCUUAUUUGAAGAUUUUCAAAGCAUAUACUGUUUAGUUACAUUUCUUUAAAUAAUAUUAUUGUUACAUCUAACAUAUUACAUAUAAUUUAUGAUGUUUUAUUACAUUUUUGACAUAAUUUCCUAAUACUUACAUAAAUAAACUUACAUAAUGUAUAUACGUGCAAAGUUUUUAGCUGUAAAAGCAGGUAUUUAUGUUUUGAACCAUUCCAGUAUAAAUUUAGAAAAAAUGAAAAAAUAUUAAAUAUUCAUAUAACACUGUAAUUUUCGAUAAUGUACACAAUUAAUUUAUAUUAUAGUAUAAAAAUAUUAUAUUUAUUUUACAAAAAAAAAUUAUUAUGCGUAACUGCAUAAAUUAAAUGACUGACUGCAAUUUAAAUUUCUAUAGAACUAUUCACUAUGUAUUAAAAUUUUAACCAAAGUUUACCAAAAAUUACGUUUCUUGCAUGUUAUAUAUAAUUAUUUGUCGCAGGAAAUGUAAAUUCUGGAAGUUCUUAAUUUAAAUUAUAAUACAACAAAAAAGUCGAAUAUUACUUUUUAUAACAAUUUCAUUUGUUUGUGAUCCAAAGACACUAUUUUGCAAUUAAAAUUUUUAUAUAAAACUUUGUAUAUAUUGAAAUAUGAGUACAUUACAUACAAUUUUAAUUAAUGGUAAUCUAUUGUAACACCAUCAAUUUUAUAAUCAUUUUAUUUUGGUAAAAAGAAGUAAAUUUCAAAUAUAUCUACACAUUCCACACUAAUUUAAUUUUACAUAUAUUGAAUUUUUCCAUAAUUUUCUUUUUUUCUAUGUCAACAGUUACUUGUAUAUAAAAUCUCUUUUAAAAAUAUUACAGAUUAUAUUGUAAAUCAUAAAUGUAUUAUUUUAAAUGUUCAUUAUAACUUAUGAAUAUAAUAUUAUCAUUUAAUAAAAUUUAUUUCCAGUUUUAUUUAAAUAUUCUAGAAUUUUAAUUUGAAUUCGGGUCAACAGGGAUAAAAUGUAUUUUAAUAUAAAAAAAAAGUAAUAUAUAUAUAUUCACACACACACACACACAGAGGCUCAUUUUUCUUCAUUCUUGUAAAUAAUAAAAGAAAAAUAGUAUAAUCCGAUCUAUACACAUUGAUAUAGAUCAAAUUAAAGCGUUUUGUUUCUUAUUUAUAACUUACAAUGAAUUAUUGACUUACUUGUAGCAUUGUAAUUAAAUUUUAUGUUAAGUUCUGAGGACGAAUCUAUUAAAUUAUAUAUUAAAAACUUUUAUGAUUUAAUAUUGUGCUUUACUCACACGAGUGGCGUGGCACGAUCCCAUGUAUGUGACUGUGUUGUAACAUACACUUAUAUAUUAUGUAACAAAUACAUAAUUAUAUCUAUAUAUAUACAUAUUAUAUAUAUAUGUAUACAUAGUGAUAUCUAUAUAUAUAGGUGUAUUCUAUGUACUUGCAACAAUUCCAUUGAUGUUUACAUAGUAUAUAUGCAAGUUAUAAGAGGCUACAUAUUGUUAUGAUUAUUUUUAAGUAAUUAAGUCAAUUUAUUUAUUCAUCUGAAAAAUUAAAUAAAAUAAAUAGUUAUAAGCUGAAAAAGUAUAUAUUACUUUAUUAAAAAAAAUUAUAAUUUAUAAUUAUGCUUGGUAUGAGGAAAUUAUUAAUUUUUUGGUUUUAUUAUAUAUAGGUGCGUGUUAUAUACAAACGUUCAAAACUAAAUGUUGUUUCAUAAAUAUGUGCACAUUGUUAUAUUGGCAUAUUUCUGUAUCUAUAAUAAAGAAAUAUUAUAGAUGAUAAAAAAUAUCAUUUGCGUGAAUUCCUUCACGCAUGGAGAGGUAUUAUGUGAUAUAUUGGCAUAUGAAUAUAUUAAUUAUCUGCUAAUCAAAUAGGACUCAAUAGUGGGUUAUCUUGUCAAUUUUAACAAAUUACAUUAGUUCAUAAUAAAAUUAUCAUCAUUUUAUAUUCGUA